AUGACAACAGCCAGACAAGCCUGGGUCAAACUCGAAAAGAUCUACCUCAGCAAUAAGAAAGCCCGCGCCGCCGCUCUUGAAACUCGAUUCUGCAACAUGACUCUUUCUGCUUGUGCCUCCUUGGAUGAUUAUUGUCAACAAUUACAAAGUCUUGCCACACAGCUUGCCAAUGUUGAUCACCAGGUCUCGGACUCCCGUCUGGUCUUACAGUUGGUACGUGGUCUGCCUGCUGAAUACAAUACUACCGCCUCUUUCAUAAAUAAUAAAGAUGCAGAUUGGGAUCUUGCUAUUUCCCUUCUUCAAGAUGAAACAAUCCGUAUUGAGGCACAAAAAGGGUCGGCCACCUCAGUUUUGGUGGCACCGAACCCUAACAACUCCGACAGCACAGCGACGACCCCUCAGCCGGCCCUAACAGCAUCUUCUGACCACUCGUCUGACUCUCACAGCAGCAACAAUACAAGGGGACGCGGUCGUGGAAGGGGCAGGAAUAAUUACAGAGGAGGAGGAAGACGUGAUACCCGAGGAGGUGCCUCUAGAUAUGGUCGCUCCUUUUGGACAGCAGGAAACCAAGCAUCGGCCUUUAACUCACCAUAUCCUAAUUGA